AUGACUACGGAAACAAAAAAAUUUUGGGUAUAUAUAAAAAAUACACCAAGAGUAACAUCAGUUAAGGUAUUAUUAGAUGAAACGGCAGAAACAAUAAUUGAAAAAGCAAAACCAAAGUAUGGACCAGAAAUUUCACAAUAUUCUUUAAUCGAAUUAACGCUUGUGGAUAGUACAGGAAAGAUUAUUGAUCCCACUACAGACAUUAAAGAUAUUACAAAUGAAAAUUCUAGAGAUAAACCUUUUGAAAUCAAAAUUAUUAAUAAUGAAGGUAAUUUCUUGGAACAUAAAGAUGUCCAAAUUUUCAUUCUUGUAAAAUAUGAAGGGGAAGGAAUUUAUUAUCCUACAGCAGCAACUUUUCGAAGUCAAUAUGAUGUAGACGAAUUUCUUGGAACAAACCAUUUACAAUCUGUUGAUCCUGAAGGGAGACCUACGGGUACCCAAAGAACUCGUAAAUAUAAAGAUCUUAAACCGGAAUCCUAUUAUGUCGUUGUAUAA